AUGACACGGCUCUCCUACUGGCUUCUUGCACCAGUCUUCCUCCUCGGGCUAGCCCAGGCGAAACCCGUGGACAGCCAUGUCAACGCUCGAGCAGACACGAUCAAGUGGAAGAAUUGUGUCCUCAACAAAAACCAGACUCUUCCCAGACAAUGUGCCAAGCUCAAGGUACCCCUCGACUACACCGACCCAGACAACAAGAAGGAAGUCGCCCUCGACCUCACAAAGAUCGAGGCCCUCAAGAAACCUUCAAAGGGCUCCAUUCUCGUCAACUUUGGAGGUCCAGGAGAACCUGCUCGUGGCAGUUUCGCGUCGAACCAGAUAGCCGUGAUGUUGUUGGGUCUGACGGGAGGUGAAUACGACCUCAUCGGCUUUGAUCCACGAGGGCACUGUUCGGAAACGGCCCGGCAAAAUACCGUCGCUGGCUCGUUUCCUCUCGCAAGAGGCCAAAACUGGGCCGCCAGUGGGAUCUUUGCCGAGACACGCGCCCUCAAACAAAACAAGACCGGUCAAUUCCUCGGAACCUCUUUCGUCGCGCGGGAUAUGAUGCAGAUCGUCGAUGCCUUGGAUGAGGACGGCAUGCUGCGCUACUGGGGAAUAUCCUAUGGCACCUAUCUUGGCGCUGUGGCAGCCAACAUGUUUCCUGACAAGAUUGACAAGAUGAUGCUUGACGCUGUCGUUAAUCCCUUUGACUGGCGCAUCAACCAUGACUUCGAGUCUCUUACAGAUACAGAUGCGACCUUGAGCAGAUUCUGUCAAGAAUGCGUCGAAGCACGGGACGUCUGUCCCCUCGCCGGCAAACUCAACGCCAAAGACCUCGAGAAGAAGCUAUACAAGUUCUUUGACGAUCUUCGACUCGAGCCCAUCGUGUUUCAGGGCGUAAUACUCGACUACAAGUCGAUCAAGGCGCUGCUGUAUGGGAACCUCAAAUAUCCCGAAACUUGGCAGAUGAUGUCGAGGAUCCUUGAUGCCAUGAUGAAGCGAGACUCGAAGCUGCUUGAGGCACUAGGGGGCGACGGUGGCGGUGGCGGUAGCAGCAUGACCAAGGAGUCUCACUGGGGUAUUCGCUGCAGCGACAUGACCGGGCAGACUGACGAUGUUCACGACGUCAUACCUAUAUUGAACAAGCGGUGGGAUACUAACAGGUUCGCCGCCGACGUUAUUGAGGACGUCGUCAUGCGAUGCUCGAGGUGGAAGCUCCCAGCCAAAGAACGAUACGAGGGUGACUUCAAGGCCAAGACGAAGAACUCAAUACUCGUCAUCGGACAGACUUCCGACCCGAUUACUCCUAUGGCGUCAGCCCGCAACCUGGCCGGGACUCUUGAGGGUAGCGUGCUGCUCGAGUUCGACAUCCCCGGCCAUACUAUUCUCCGCCGAAGCUCUGAAUGUGUUAUCAAAGCUACCGCUGCUUACUGGAGUGAGGGCAAGCUUCCUAAGAAUAACACGGUCUGCAAGUCCGAUGUUAAGCCUUUUUCAACCGAGACUGGCUGGGUCGAGAUGAUCAAGAAGCUUGGCAUGGGCCCCAAUCAGUAG